AUGCAAUUUCAUAUAUAAGCUGAUAUCUCAAACCCAAAACCGAGAUUCAUAUAAAUCAAACUCACAACAAAUAUUUCAAAUAGUUUCUUCAGAAAACUCAAAGAACCAUGGCUUUCCUUAAACUUGUGAACAUCUCUCUAGUUCUAAUCCUGGCCCAAAGUGUCCUCUGCGAUCACUCCGAUAAAAUUCUUGAGCACACCAUACAAAAUUUCGCCUCCAUACCCAAACAUUAUGAAGUUAUUGCUGCCAAUGCCACACAAUAUUUACUCAAGGAUAAAGCUUUGUUGGCCAAUCACAAGCCCGAAGUAAUGGAGUUUAAAAGCAAGCUAAACGUAUUCAUGGACAAGUAUGCAAAUUCAGGAAAAGAUAUUUCAGCUUCUUAUGAAGCUUUAGACGAGUUUGUUGAUCUAACCGAUUAUUAUUAUGAACUACCCGAAGAUAAAGUCAACGAUGAAUACAAAUUCAUUAUUGAAUUAUUAAAUAAAUACAACUUCAAAGAUAUAUCCAUGGAAUUGACAACACGUUUGGAAAAGUUUUUCGAGACUUUCGUUAAAAUGUUUGACGAGAAUAGAAGUAACUAUGAGAAGAGUGUAUUGGAGCAUUUCGAUAAAUUUACUAGUUUAACUAAUUUGGAAGAAAAAAUAAAAUUCUUCAUUGAUUUCGCUCUUGCUGAUUGAUAAAAUUAUGAUGAAAUUUAAAGAAAAUUUCGAAAAUAAAUGAUUAUAAAGAAAUAA